AUGCAUGAGAAAGAAGCGAAAGGAACUGUCUCAAACACUAGUUUGAGACAUCUUCACCUGCUCCUUAUAUCGUCAUCACCACCAUCACUAUCAUCAUCAUCAUCUUCUUCUUCUUCUUCUUUUUCUCCUCGCCAGAAAUAUGAUGUUUUCUUGAGUUUUAGAGGUGAAGAUACCCGCACAAAAUUCACUGAUCAUCUAUAUGCUGCUUUAAUAAGGAAUGGAAUCGUCACUUUCAGGGAUGAUCCAAGGCUUGAGGCUGGAGAAGAAAUCGCAUCAGAACUCUUGAAAGCAAUUCAAGAAUCAUGGUGUUCACUAAUCAUUUUCUCAGAAACAUAUCCUUUUUCAGGAAAAGUUGCUGAAGCCUUUGCCAAACAUGAAGAGAGAUACAAGGAAACUAACGACAAGAUCCAAAGGUGGCGAACUGCUUUAACUAAAGUGACUAAUAUCAAAGGAUGGCAUUUUAAUAACAGGCCUGAAUCAGAAUUUAUUGGAGAGAUUGUUACAAUGAUAUCAGCAAAAUUAUGUGAAACAUAUUCAGAUGUUCCUGAUGGGUUGGUUGGAAUUAAUUCACGUUUGGAAGAGUUGCAUUCGAAAAUUGAAAUUGGAAAACAAGAUGAUAUCCGCAUUAUAGGAAUUUGUGGUAUGGGCGGAAUUGGUAAAGCAACUCUUGCAAGAGUUGUUUAUAAAAUGUCCCCUCAUUUUGAAGGUAAAAGUUUUCUUGGUGAUGUUCGACUUAAUUCAGAGAUAUAUGGACUUGUUCAUUUACAGAAACAACUUCUUUAUGAGAUUUUGAAAGAAGAUUUCAGAUUUUCAGAUGUUCAAGUAGGAAAUGGAAUCAUUAGUCGUACGCUAUCGCGCAAGAAGGUUCUUGUUGUUGUUGAUAAUGUCGAUAACCUGCAACACUUAAAAUGCUUGGUUGGAAGGCGUGAUUGGUUCGGUAUAGGAAGCCGAAUCAUCAUAACAUCUAGAGAUGAACAUUUGCUACAAUUCCACGGGGUAGAUGAUGUGUAUCAACCUACAGCAUUGGAUUUUCAUGAAGCACUUCAUCUUUUCAAAUUGAAUGCUUUCAAGAGUGAUGCUGUGCCAGGAAAAGCUUUAAUUGAGCUUUCUAAAUGUGUUGUGGGAUAUGCUGGGGGUCUUCCCUUAGCUCUUGAAGUUUUGGGAUCCAUGUUGUGGAAUAAAGAUGCUUCCCAAUGGAGAAGUGCAAUUGAAAGACUUAAAAAUGAACUUCACAAAGAUAUUCAUGAGAGGCUUCAAAUAAGCUAUGAUGGAUUAUCAGAGACGCAGAAGAAUAUUUUUCUAGAUAUAGCAUGCUUCUUCAACUGGGAAAAGAAAGAUUUUGUAACAAAAGUACUAGAUGGUUGUGAGUUUUCGGCGGGUAUUGGAAUAGAUGAUCUCAUUGAUAAGUCCCUAAUAAAAAUUGAUAAAGACAACAAUUAUUUGUGGAUGCAUGACUUGCUACAAGAGAUGGGAAGAGCAAUUGUUAGAAAAAAAUCUCCUAGUGAACCUGGGAAACAAUGUAGAUUGUGGGAGACAAAGGAUGUUUAUCGCAUGCUAACGGAAAACACGGCUACGGAAGCAAUUGAAGGCAUGGUCAUUGACAUUAAAGGGUGCAAAAACAUACAUGUAUCGUUGUAUAUAUGUACAUGUAUUAUUACUUAAUCUUGACUUAUUUUUGAGCCAUGGUUGCUAGAUCACAUAUGUUAUUAACAUUU